GGAUGCUGACUGAGGCUCGGGCGGUAACGUCUAGCUCUCUACGGCUGUCACAGCAGCAGAGGCGGCUCCGCUCCAGGAAUCAACAGAAAUGACUAACCGAGAAGAAGCUGAGAUACAAAUUUCAGAAUUGGAUUUACUCUCUAGCAUGUUUCCUUAUGAGGAAGAGUUCCUUGUGACUGACCAGCUGGCUGUAGCAGAGCUAAAACACUAUGUUGAAAAUGAGGCUGCAGAGAUGCCAUCUUCGAAAGUUCAGUUCAUACUGAAUGUAAAGCCAGAGGUCUCUAAUGCUUCUAUGGUGGAAUUCUCUAUGGCCUGUGCUUUACCGUUUAAAUAUCCAGCUGUUCUACCAGAAAUUACUGUGAGGUCAUCUUUAUUGAGCCGCUCUCAGCAGCUUCACCUGAACUCGGAUCUAAAAACAUAUUUGAUGCAAAACUGCAGUGGUGAGCCCUGCAUGUUGAGUGCAAGGGAAUGGGUUAAAGACCAUGCAGCUGCUUACAUUGACAAGGAGCUUUCAUCUUCCUCAGUGACAGCAUCGAAUGCCACUCAGUCAGAAGUCAUCAUGUUUACUCGACUGUGGAUCUAUAGUCAUCACAUUUACAAUAAGCAAAAAAGAAAGAAUAUUAUAGACUGGGCCAAGGAGCUCUCUCUGUCAGGGUUUUGCAUGCCGGGGAAACCAGGUGUUGUUUGUGUAGAAGGUCUUCAAAGUAGUUGUGAAGAGUUCUGGUCAAGGUUCUUGAAUCCUGAGGCAAUACAAAGAAACAAGCUCCUGCUUUUGGAAGUGUUUGCAUGUGAGUGGUGUUUCUGUGACCAGCCAGGGAACCAUUAUCUCUGCCAAAGGUACAGAGUGAGAAGAUUAACAUGGAAAAGAAUUCUCAUUCGGCACAGAGAAGAUGUUUCUUUGGAAGGUGGAGGACAUGCUGAGAUUCAGAAACAAAGAAAGUUCUCCACUUUGGAAGAAAAAUGUUUUGAUGCACAUGGUACCAGGGGAAAUCGUAUGGAUUUGGGGCAGCUAUAUCAUUUUUUAGAAGAAAAAGGAUGUGCUGACAUCUUUCAAAUGUACUUUGGGGUUGAAGGGCAUUGAAGGGGUUGACAAUCACCACUGGUCCAAGCGUCUACGUUUGUAAGUUAAUCUUCGUAACAGAUUCCUUAGCUGUUCUGCAGGAGUUUAUCAGAGAGGGAAUUAAUCAUUUGUGAUUUUAUACGAUGAAUCCAGUUUUAAAUGAAAACAAAUAUCCAGUGAGAUGCUGAAUAAUGAAAAUUAAAAUAACUGCUUUUUAAACUUUCUGGAUGUUUAGGGUACAUACCUAAUUAUUGGGAAAGAAAAUAUGUUUGAUGAACUAUCAGGCCGUUACAGAAUUAUAGGUGAAUGAAUAGAUGUAAUUGUGUUGAAUGCAUAUAUGAGUAAGAAGAGACAAAAUUCAAGUAUGGGUAUCUCAGGAGAGAUACCAAAACGUUUGUAUUAUUUAUUGCUGUUUACAUACACUACAUGAAAGCUUUUUUGUAACAAGCUUUUAUUCUGUUUUCUAUCUGGAAGUAUAUUGAGCUGUGAUAUUGACAUUUUAUUAAAACAAACAAACAAAACCCAAAACAAAACAAAACCAAGCUAGUCAAAACAAAGGAAACAAACACAAAAGGAAUGAGCAAGUUCACAAAAGUCUUGCUUAGGCAAACAGGAUGAGCUAGGAUGCCUACUUUAAGGCAUAAGAAUUUUCCAUAGGUAGACUUGUGUGUGCAGAGAGGUGCUGUGGUAUCUUUCUAAUGCACCUGUAGCUGAGAAACCCAGUCUCUACUCAUGUUAAAGCAGAACGUUACCCAGGGAUGGGCUGCCUUAUGGCAAGCACACUCCAGAGCAGGGAAGCAAUCCUCACUGGUCUGAGCUUGUGGAGUUGCAGCCAAGGAACAAAGGGGGUUACACUGCAGGUGCUCUUGAAUACAGUUUCAACAAAGUUGUAUCAGAA